CUAACUUUGGAGAAUGCCCGGAAGAGGCCGACGAGGACACUCGGAGGACGUACGCCCGCGUGUACUUAUGGUACAUGAUUUCGAGGACUCUCUUUGCUGACAGUGGGGGGAAGCUGGCCCAUUGGUGUUGGCUGAAGGCGCUUACGGUGUUGGAUAACCGUUGGAGUUGGGGAACAGCGGCACUUGCCUACCUCUACCGGCAGUUGGACGAAGCUUGUCGCAGGUCUGGGAGCGGCGGUAUUGGUGGAUGCAUGCUCCUACUUUCCGUAUGGAGCUGGGACCGCCUAUCAGUUGGGCGGCCUAGGGUACUCAACGAGAGGCCAUGGCCUCAUUACCCUCACUUUCCUGAUCGGGAGCCCACUUGGGCAUACCUUUGGGACAAUGUCUCGGAGAUGUCGGGCGAUCCAAAGAUCAUGUACAUGCAGUACACUGCGGAGUUGGACACUCUUACCGCUGAGCAGGUGGAAUGGGAGCCAUAUGGUAGCUACUACCGUAUUGGCGCGUCGAUGACUGACCUCAACCACAAGUGCACGGAGGAGGCGCGGUUCUGGCGUAUGCGCUGCCCACUCAUAUGCAUGUGGCUUGUUGAACACCACCAGCCGCAAAGAGUGAUGAGACAGUUUGGGUCUGUAUCGGAGUGCCCACCGAGUGUGCGGAAGGAGAUCGAAAAAACAGCUGAGGAGUGCGAGGUUAUCUGGGAGCAGAGCGGGACAGAUGACAAGCCUGUCGGACCGUUGCGGUAUUUCAUUAAGGUAUGA